AGCCCUCUUUCUCUCUCUCCCUUUCACACUAUCGCCAGCCACAGAUCUGAGUUAGCUGACUUCGCACCACUCUCGCCCUCCCGUCAUUUCCCCCUCACUCUAACUUGUCAAACCCUAACCCUAAUCGUCACCCCCGGUUUCACCUCUGCCGGGAAGCCUGUGCGUAUAUCCCCCGCCGGUCAACGCUGCGUAAUUUCUCUCAAGUUUGUUGUUGGCCUUCUUGGGGGAGAUGUACCACUCCCAGAAGUAGAAGAGUUGGUGGUGUGGCUUUGCUUGUCCUGAUAAAUAAUGUCUGCCAACAAUAAUAACAACAACCCGCCAAGCAAGAACAUUGGGGGUUCCUCUCCCUUUGGGAAUUCAAUGUCUGCUCAGCUCCAGUCUCCGCCUCCCCAACCGCGGUUUCCGUCUGGUUUCCCUAACCAGUUUCAGUUGUCACAGUUAUCUGCGGCCCAUGUCCAAGCACUUGCUCAGGCUCAGUCUAAGGCUCAUGCCCAAGCCCAAGCACAAGCCGCACAAGCGCAGUUUCAGGCCCAGUUACAGGCUCAGGGUCUUGCCCUUACCCAACCACAUUUAGGCUCAUCGUCCCCUUCCCUUUCAGGGUUGGGAAGUUCCAAUGCCAAGAGGUUCCCUCAGAAGCCACCCGUCCGUCCACCUGGCUUGCCCACCACCAUGUCUCCUCCUAUUAGACCCAUGGAGCUCUCUGCUUCUGCCCGCAAGAAAAAACAGAAGCUUCCUGAAAAACAGUUGCACGAAAAGGUUGCUGCCAUCUUGCCCGAAUCUGCUCUUUACACUCAGCUCCUCGAAUUCGAGUCUCGCGUGGAUGCUGCACUCUUAAGAAAGAAAAUUGAUAUCCAGGACGCUUUACGGACCCCGCCAUCUAUCCAGAAAACCCUCAGGAUCUAUGUGUUCAACACUUUCGCUAACCAAACACGAAUUGCUCCCAGGAAGCCCAAUGCCGAGCCUCCUACGUGGACUCUGAAAAUCGUAGGGAGAAUUUUGGAGGAAGGAAUGGACCCCGAUCAAGCUGCAAUGUUACAGAAAUCAAACUUCAUCUACCCUAAGUUUUCGACUUUCUUCAAAAGAGUGACAAUUUCCCUGGACCAGAAACUGUAUCCUGACAACCAUAUCAUCGUAUGGGACAGCGCUCGAUCCCCUGUUUCUCACGAAGGGUUUGAGGUGAAAAGGAAGGGUGAUCAAGAAUUUACCGUGAAUAUUAGACUUGAGUUGAAUUAUUCUCCUGAGAAAUUCAGACUUUCGCUUGCUCUGACUGAAGUAUUGGGUGUGGAGGUCGAUACCCGUGCAAGGAUUAUAUCUGCUAUCUGGCAUUAUGUUAAAGCCAGGAAGUUGCAGUGCCCGGAUGACCCUUCUUAUUUUAAUUGUGACCCGUCACUUCAGAAAGUUUUUGGGGAAGGAAAGGUGAAAUUCACAAUGGUUGCGCAAAAGAUCACAUCUCAUCUGUCCCCACCACAACCAAUUCAUCUAGAACACAGGGUUAAGCUGAGUGGAGACAACCCUGCCGGAAGUGCUUGCUAUGAUGUGCUGGUUGAUGUGCCCUUUCCUAUACAAAGGGAGCUGAAUGCUCUGCUGGCGAAUACAGUGAAGACUAAUGAGAUUAGCGCGUGUGAUGAAGCGAUUUGUAGUGCUAUCAGAAAGAUCCAUGAGCACAGGAGGAGAAGGGCGUUCUUUCUUGGGUUUAGCCAGUCUCCUGUGGAAUUCAUCAAUGCUUUGAUUGAUUCUCAAGGUAAGGAUCUGAAGCUUGUUACCGCAGAACCUGGUCAUGAUGUGGAGAGAGACCGCCGGUCAGAGUUUUACAGCCAGCCCUGGGUUGAAGAUGCUGUGAUUCGCUAUCUGAAUCGGAAACCAGCUACAGAUGCAGUGGCACCACCCCCUGCGAGCUCGUGAAUGAUAACUUUGUGUAGAUGAUGCUGCUGCUCUCAUUCCCCUCAAGGGUGAGAUAGAAUUGUUGGCACAGACGAUGAAAGGAAUGGCUCUACCCCCUUCCAACUUAAACCCCUCAGGCACAUUUGGGUUGUAAUAGAACACUCCAAUUGUAUUGAUCUACUUUAACUUGGUAUGUAUUGUAAACACUUUUAUGGGUGGAUGUUUUUUACAACAUCAUCAAAAACCUUAAUGAUGGCAGGGCACGGGCCAGUUUUCAACUGUCAAUUCAAUGUUGUUGUACGUGUUAGUCAGUUAGUUUGGAACAGCCAGUUUGAAUUUACAAUAUUGUUGAGCAUUAGCAACAGCCAGUUUGAAUUUACAAUUUGGCAAUUGGCAUUCGAACGAGUGAAUACUCAUUUUGAAAUAAUUGAAUACUCUUUUU